AUGAAGUCAGGUUCACCGUCUUCAACCACCGUCUCCGGUAAAAGAUCCAAACUCGUGAAUCUGAGUAUUGCAGAUCUUCCAUCAAGCCUUUUGGAAGUAAUAAUGUCUCUGCUUGUGUUUAAAGAUAACAUACGUGCAUCUGUUGCAUGCAAGUCAUGGCUUGAAGCGGCAUUAUCAGUUCGUGUAGUGGAAAAACAUCCAUGGCUUUUGUGUUUUCAAACGUAUGACUCAAACUUGUUUGAACUCCGUGAUCCAUUGCAAUGGAAGCCCUACACUUUGGAACUGCCAGAGAUAGCUGACUCCACUGUGCGUUACUCAAGAGAUGGUUGGUUACUUAUGCAGAGAUAUUCUAGCGAAGACGAGAUGUUCUUCUUCAACCCGUUUACUCGGGAGCUCAUAACCUUGCCUAAGUUUGAGCUGGCUUUUCGGCAGAUUUCAUUCUCUUUUGCUCCUACAUCGGAUAGUUGCGUUGUGGUAGCGUUAAGUUUCUCGAAUGAUCAUGUCACUAUCAGCAGUUGCCAUCCUGGAGCGGCUGAGUGGAUUUCUAACGACUUCCCUACAAAAGAUCAAAUGUUUACGAAUCUUGUCUAUCUCAAUGAGCGAUUCUAUUGCAUUAAUUGCUAUAACAGAACAGGAGACGGCUUAUAUUCCUUUCACCCAUCUUCCCGCACGUGGAAUUGUCAUGCUACUCAAUAUAGCUAUCUUGAUCCUCUUGAUCAUCGUACGUUACGUGGAUGUGAGAAGUUUUGGUACCAGAGCGUAGUUUGUUUGGCUGAGAAGGAAGGAGAGCUCUUUCUCAUGACUACAAGCCAUAUUGGGAGGAAACCAUUGGUCUAUAAACUAGUCUCGUUGCGAUGGGAGGAGAUGAGUACUGAAACUGAGCUUGAUGGCUUGACAAUCUUUGCCAGUUCUUAUAACUCUGAGGGGAGAAAGAGUCCUCCAUCGAUGAGGAACAAUGUGUAUUUCUCAAGGUUUGGUUACAAUCGCAAGCAUUGUCUCUCUCGUUUGGUGAAAGGAGGUACAAUAAUCCAGCUAUUCAAGGGCGAGAGUGGCUUGAACUUUGUCCUCAUGGAAGCAUCUGGAUCGAUCCCCCGAAGAACGUUUUAG